CUGACCAUUAAUACUGUGCUGCUGCACAGAAAUAUCAUUAAAGUUCUACCCACUCUUCUGGACAACUCUUUUUGACACUUUGUAUUUUAGAUUCCCCCCGAAUUCAAAUAACGUUAUCAACACACGACUCCCAUAAGGAAGGUGAUGAUCUGACCUUGACCUGUACUGCAGACAGCAAUCCCAGUCCGUCCAGUCUGACCUGGAUGUUUGGAGGACAGACCGUGGGGCAUGAUGGAAGCUUGAGAUUAACAAAUCUAAGUAGAGAAGAGCAUGGUCAGUACACCUGUGAAGCAAGAGUCUCUGCUGGUCGCUAUGGAAACCUGGUGAACUCGAGUGACGUUCAAGUUGUCGUCAACUAUGCUCCCAGUGUCACCUUCCUUUCUUUAAAUUCAACUGAAAAUAAUUCAUCAAGUAUCAUCUGCUCUGCUGAUGGUCGCCCUGGCAACAUGAACUUCAGACCUUUCAGCCAUUACUGGAAUAGUGUGAAUAUCAGGAAUGUGACCGGCAGAUCUGUUGGAAAUAACCAAUACGAACUGACAUUUAAUCCUGCUACGUAUGAAGACAGCGGGACGUACUAUUGUACUGUUGAUAAUGGAGUUCCAGACAGGUCGGGAACUAAACAACAGACAGCAAUCAGUGAAGUUUUCAUUUCAG